AUGGCACUGCUCAACACGGCCCCCAACAUGGACUCGGAGAGAAGGAAGCGGAGGAAAAUCCAGAAUCGACUUAAUCAAAGAGCACGCCGACAUCGGCUGAAGGAGGAGAAGCCCGCUCAUGCCCUGAGUGAGCGGCAUCCGUACCAGGUGCAUCGCUGGCGAGUCGAGUGGGAAAAACCAGGAUAG